AAGUUUCGAGAAAGCGGUCCGUCGCUAAACAAGGACCGCCAACCGAGUUUAGAAAACAGACGCGCUUGCUUCUGGAAAAUAAAUAUUUAUAUUUGCUUUAAAACUAUGCCACCGGGUAAGAAUUUGAGGAGGAGGAAAGAGGAUUCAUCUGAUGAGGAAGACGAUGAGACAAAAGCUGUGGUCAGGUCCAAACUGGAUGAAGCCAAGGAGCUUCAAAGUCUAAGGAAGAGACAGCAUGGAGUGAGCAUUACAGCGUUACUCGUUGGAGAGAAGCUUCCUUUAGAAGCCGAGCUUGAGGAUGACCCAUUUAAGCUAAAAACAGGAGGUGUUGUUGACAUGAAGAAAGUGAAGGACAGAAAUCGAGACAUGACAGCAGAUGAAAACGACCUGAAUCUUGGUACAUCUUUCUCUGCUGAAACUAACAGACGAGACGAAGAUGCAGACAUGAUGAAGUACAUUGAAACAGAGUUAAAGAAAAAGAAAGGCAUGGUGGAGGCGGAAGAACAGAGUAAAGUAAAAGUGAAGAAUCCGGAGGACCUUCUGUAUGAGCUUCCUGAGAACAUCCGUGUCAAUUCUGCUAAAAAGACAGAAGAGAUGUUGUCCAAUCAGAUGUUGAGCGGAAUUCCAGAGGUGGAUUUGGGGAUUGAUGCAAAGAUAAAGAAUAUCAUCAGUACGGAGGAAGCAAAAGCAAAGCUGCUUGCUGAGCAGAGGAAUAAGAAAAAAGACAAUGGGACCUCAUUUGUUCCCACUAACAUCGCUGUCAAUUACGUCCAGCACAAUCGCUUCUAUCACGAAGAUGUAAACGCACCCCAGAGACGAAACAAAGUAGAAGAGCCCAAAGCCAGGCCAAUGCGAGUAGGAGACACUGAGAAACCAGCACCUGAGGCAACACCACCCAAUUAUCGUAAGAGACCAAAUAAUGAAAAGGCAACAGAUGACUACCACUAUGAGAAAUUCAAAAAGAUGAACAGACGAUACUAAGAUUCUACCUUUAUGUGAAAACUGGCUGACCCUUUUUUUUUUCAUUUAACAGAAAGAAAAUGUAGAUAUUUUUACUCUAUUUAAAAUUGUCCUUCUCUUAAAUGCUUUUUUUUUACAAUAAAACAUACCCCC